AUGGAUUUCUCACCGCCAUGGUUAAGGAAAUUACAAGGGAUGUGUGCCAUUGCUUUGUUUGCUUGUUUAGCACAAGGUCCUGUAAAUGCAUCCAACCCCCCAGAAUUGGAAGUCAAGUGGUCUGACUUCCCUAGUGAUUUUGUGUUUGGAGUCUCUACUGCUGCUACACAGAUUGAAGGAUCAGCAAAAGAAGCAGGAAGAGGACCAAGUGUUUGGGACUACUAUGUUGAGAAAUUCCCAGAAAGGAUUGCAGAUCACUCCAACAUGUUUACGGCCCUCGAUUCAUACAAGCGAUACAAGGAAGAUGUGAAUGCUGUGAAGAACCUUGGAGUUGGGUCUUACAGAUUUUCCAUCUCUUGGACCAGGAUUCUUCCUGAGGGAACCUUGAGUGGUGGAGUAAACCAACAAGGUAUUGAUCACUACAACAACCUGAUUGACGAACUGAUCAAGAAUGGCAUCACACCAUAUGUCACUAUAUUGCACUUUGAUGCACCACAAGCUUUGACAGACAAGUAUGGAGGCCCCCUAAAUCGCUCCUUUGUGGAUGAUUUCAAGGAUUAUAGUGAACUUUGCUUUAAAUUUUUUGGAGAUAGAGUAAAAAAUUGGAUUACAAUCAACGAGCCAUUAAUUACUGCAAAAUUUGGGUAUGAUCUUGGGGUUGAUGCACCAGCAAGGUGUUCUGUUCAAACAGCAUAUCCAUGUAGUGUUGGUGGUAAUUCAGCCACUGAGCCUUACAUUGUUGCCCAUAACAUUCUCCUUGCGCAUGCCACUGCUGUUGAGCUCUACAGAGAGAAGUUUCAGAGAAAACAAGGUGGACAAAUUGGAAUUAGUCUUGUGGGACAAUAUGUUGAGCCUUAUUCAGAUUCAGCAGAAGACAAAGCUGCAGCAAAAAGAAUUUUGGAUUUUGAACUUGGAUGGUUUGUGGAACCAUUAGUGUAUGGAGCUUAUCCAAGGAGUAUGAGCCAGUUGGUCAAGGACAGGCUACCCACCUUCACCGAGAAAGAGACGAUGAUGAUCAACCGGUCCUUCGAUUUUAUUGGUAUCAACUAUUAUACCAGCAGAUAUGGCAAAAAUGAGCCUGCAAGUUCAGGGAAACCAAUUUCCUAUAGCAACGAUCAAUUAGCUUCGUCGUGGACUACAAAUGUGGAUGGAAUCCAAAUUGGUCCUCUGGCUUCAGGAAGCAAGUUCCUCUACAGUUAUCCACAAGGUCUGCAGAAACUUCUAGAGUUCAUUAAGAAAGAGUACAGAGACCCUAAAAUCUACAUUACUGAAAAUGGAAUAACCGAAGAGAAGGACGAUAAACUAGGGCUUGAUGAAGCACUUAAGGAUCCACAUAGAAUUCAAUACAUUCUUCAGCAUUUGUACUGGAUCAAGAUGGCAAUCAAGAGCGGUGUGAAUGUCCGAGGAUAUUUCCACUGGGCUCUAUUUGACGACUUUGAAUGGGGGAAUGGCUAUACCACAAGAUUCGGGGUUUAUUAUAUCGAUCACAAAGACAAUCUCAAGCGCAUUCCUAAAGCGUCAGCUAAGUGGCUCCCUAAAUUCCUAAAGGGUCAGGCUUGA